AUGGGCGCUAAAACGAUCCAAUCCUCUGUAAUCUGCAUGAAACGCCUGCCUGGACAAAGGGUAAUGAGGGGACUCACCCGCAGGUACCGGCCACACAAGCGGAGGGCCGUAGGAAGCACACGGAGAAGCACGCUUGACACAUGCAAGGCCCAACACACACCCUCGCCGGGGAAGACCCUGGACCAGGAAGGACCCCAGGCUUGUGGCCUGAAGGUACUAGCCCUCGCAUUGAUCCAGGGCCAAGGAGGCACCACGUCCACAAGGGGCUGCACAGCUGACCGGCUGAACAUCUCUGAGCGCUCCCACACCCAGCAGCGCACAGAAGUCGGAUUACACGUCUGGAUGGGGGAUGCAGUUGCAGUCUGGCGAUGGAGCUUCACACAGUGGGACUAA